UCUCAUUCGACGGGGACAGACAUACCUGCACCUGUUGUCAUUCUAAACAGCACACGGGGCAAAAAAAGAGAGCUCGCAGCUGGCGACUGCCAGGAAAGCGGAACAUGAGCUUAGUUAGUGUACGGCACAUGCGGUCCAAACACGUGGCACGACUCGACUCGCACCAUUUGACCUCCGCAUCGUAGCAGGUCGCGACACCGGCGAAAAAAAAGAGGACGGCGAGACAUGGCGAGAAGCUUGCCCUGGAUAAUUGGCUGCGGCGCGCUUUGCGUCGCCCUUAGUAUGUGGCCCUGCCAAGCACUCGAGAUAUUCGACAGCGUCAUAAGCUCCCGCAGAUUAAAACUGAUUAAGAUGAAGGCUGAGCAGUGGGAUCCAAUCCUGCAUCGACUCAAUGCCAGUGCUGGUAAAAAGGAGGAUGCGAACGCCCAGUGCCGUGCUGAUAUGCGGAGGUUCAUCGAUGCCAUAGUCCACCGCCAACUAGCUGGUCUUCAAUUGUUGGACUCGCAAGGAUCCAUGCCAACAGGAAUUCUCCACGGUGCCUUAUCGGACAUGGGUUCGCACAAAGAGUGUUUCGCCGCAGAAAUCCUCGACGAGAAGGGAAAUGUGAUUGCAAGAAAGUUUUGCGCCUUAUACGUCUACAACUCGGAACCACUGCCCAAUUUUCCAGAUAUCAUCGCGAAAGAGCGAAGCAACGCCAAGACGUUCGCCUUCCUGCAGUCGGCGGUGAAAGUGGGCGCCUGCAUCCCAUCGUCGUGCAGCGAAGACGACAUCAAAAUUAUUCUAAACGAAGCGCUUUCGGAGUGGGAGCUGUCCACCUUCGUUUCCGCCUGCGACCACAACGUUCCACCGGACGAGCCGUCUGUAUUUGUCAUUUUAACUCUGGCGGCAUUCGUAACUGCGGUGGUGCUGGCGACUGCUCUCGAUGUUCUCCACCGACAGAAGCUUGCCCUGGCUGACCAAGCGGCGGCAGACGCAGACUUCGGCUCGUUCUUGGCGCGACUCCAGACACUGUCCUUGCUUCGGACCACGCGCGAGACGUUCUGCGUCGAUGCCAGCGGCAGCGGCAAAGGGGCAAAGCUCGACGUCUUCAACGGUCUACGCGUCGUCGGCCUGGUGUGGGUGAUCGCCAUUCACUCGUACAUCUUCAUGGACGAUGCACUCAUUGACAAUAGCGACGAAAUGUAUGAAAUGUCCAGAACACUGGGACGGCAAUUCAUUGUGAAUGCUACUAUGAGCGUUGCAAUCUUCACCACUGUCAGUGGCUUCAUGCUUUGGAUGACUGUUUCAAAGCGAUCACCUGAAGAGAACGGCAAAACGAGUUGGCUAUCUAUGGUGCUUCACAGGUACCUCAGGUUGUUCCCACUUGUGAUUGUGACGUCGUGCUUCCACCACUUGAUGCCAGUUUCAGGAUACGGUCCCCUCUGGGCCACCUUCGGCGAAUUGCGCAAGCGUGCCUUCCCUGAAAACUGGCCUUUCUACGUCGCGGGGAUGCUCAACUAUCUCGACUUGGAUAAAAUAUGCAGUCCACAACACUGGUAUACAGGAAUGGACUUUCAAGUUUUCACAAUAACGCUCUACUUUGCGUACAGAUUAAAAAGGAGUGGCAGCAAGCGAUCUCUCUUGAUUAUCAUGGGCCUGUCGACGCUGAUCACCUACGUCCAGAACCACAUGCUGGAGCUUACACCGGGACUCUUGUAUUACACUCCUCUGGGAAGACACAAGUACGCUGGUUCCGUCUACUACAUGCCUUACACCCACAUUCCGAGCUACUGCAUAGGUGUCCUCGCAGGCUACUACUACACAAAACAGCCUUCACGGAGGCUAUCAAGGCGCAAAGUGGCCAUCCUUUGGGUUGCAGCGCUUGCGGCCAUCACAAUGUCCCUGUGCGGCACGAUUCUGUGGACAGGAGUCGAGCAGCCGUCCCAGGCCGUCACGGCCGUCUAUGCCGCCACCACUCGCAUCUUUUACUGCGGAGGCCUCGCCUGGUUGAUGUACGCCUGCCUCACAGACCGCGGUGGGUUUCUGACCGACGCCCUGGCGUGGCCCGGAUGGGCUCCGAUCAGCAGGCUUUCCUACAGCAUUUACAUCAUUCACGACUUCAUGCUGUAUUACCAGUGGGUCGCCUUUCCUAGCAGAGUCAACGGCGGCUACUAUUUCAUGACGGUGGUGGCCGGAAACUGCGUCGGGUCGUUCGCGAUGGCAUUCGUGCUGCACGCGUUCUUCGAGAGGCCGAUCAAUCUGAUGGCGACGCUGCUGGAGGAACGCUGCCUGCCGGGCCGGAGGACGGUCGCCCGCGACGCACUGGCCGCCUCCGAGCAAGAGAACGGCGUCGUCAUCCCAAAAAGGACAACCACCGUCAGAGGCCGCAACGACCGCACCAAGCGCCUCUAAAGGACACUCCAAGGAGUGCCCCACCAUACUACCUAACAGUUUAUACCAUUCGGAGAGGAUCCUCGAGGCAUAAACAAUUGUAUUCUAUCGUGCGUGCCUUCCUUUCCGUUAGCGUCACGUGCCCGAUAAGAGCGUGCCAUAUAGGCUUUUUGAUUAGAAAGCGACGGGUGUCCAGUUCUUAGGAAAUGAAAUGCCAGCAAGCACGACGGCAUUUGCUUUCCUGAAAUGAAGACUCUCUAGAUGGUGUCAACUUAUUUUUUAGUGUACAGCGACAUUGUUCCCACUCGUGUUUCUGUUCUAUCGCACUGAACGGACGUGAAGGAGCGCUGCCAUCAUGAUUACAGUGCUCACCAAUCAAAGUGCCACUUUCCAUGCUCGUCGACAGGCUUGCACUUUCAUCUAGACAUUUACGCUGCCAUAAAAAAAAACAAAAAAAGCAUGGCAGCAGGACAAACUACUUAAGAUGAAAUUAAGGAUCUAGUCGACGCUUGAAGUAAGGCCUAUCGAAAAAACCUGUAGCGAAUCUAGUCUGUGUCUUCAAGCGAGCAUUCUCCACAUCUCAUUCUGCCUCCUACUUAAGGAACCGCAUGGUACUUUAUUUAUUAAAUAUAGGACGCUUACAGCAGAGUCACAGGGCUCAGACCUGGUUUAGUGCGCUUUGUCAGCUUUAGACAGAAAGGGUCAACCUUGGGCAAGAUAGUGUGGAUUCAUUUCGAAACGAACUUAUGCUGAUAUAUUAAGGCCUUAAAGGUGUGAAAGUAGUCAUUGUAACAUCUUGCCGUCAAUUAUUU